CUGGGCAGUGACGUGACCCCCAAGGAGAAUGUAGAACAAGAAAAAGAAGAAGAUUCUGGUCGCCGGACGUCGGUAAUCGGUACCGAUAUUUAUCGGUAAUCAGGGACUCCACACCCCCACAAACUGGAAAAGGCCUAUAUAUAGCGACGCCCCUGGAUGAGGGUAGAUGAGAGAGAGUCUGAGAAAAGGGGCGCGGACGCAGGCUAGCUAGAGAGCAGCCUAGCCGGCCCGGAGCAGCCCCACCGAGCAGCUGCCUGUGUACUGAUGUAUCUUACGUUAAAAAAAUUGUUCCAUGUUCAUCAGGACUGUGAGUUCUUGAUAAUGAAAUGACAUAGAUGAGAUGACUUCACCAUGGAAUUGAUUCUGCUCAGUAUCUGUGUGUUUGGAACCGUAGCGAGAGCUGACAGAAAUGAGACAGAAAUCAUAGACUCGAUCGUGGAGACCCUUCCAGAUGUGUUGCCUCAUGUUAGCUUACCACCAAGACUGAAAAAUACAUGGCCUCCAUUCAAUGCAUCAGGACCAGAAAUGAGUCCACCUCCAGAUAUCAAUCCAGCUGAGUUCCUGCGCACAGAAAUUCCCAUUAACAAAACUGCCAUGUCUGACAUUAUGAUGGCCAUAACUGGUAAUACGAGCCAGAUGCUGACAUCCCCUCCUGUCACACAAGAACAAUCAUUUGAUACAGACAGGAUGACAACAUCCCUUCCUGCUCAAGCAUCUUCAACAGCUGCAUCCAUUGCCACACCAUCUACCCUACCCAAACCGGUAUCUACAAUGGCAGUAUCUACUGUGGAAGCAUUAGUGACAGUAGUGAAGAAACCAAGUGGCUCUGACCAUGACCAUGAACAUGUCAGCAUUGCUGUAUUCUUAACUGUUCCAGUGUGCGUUGGACUGCUUAUCUCAUUUUUCAUUCUCUUUGGGAAGUACUGCCGCAAGAAAUUAAGACUAGACAAGCUACGACAUCAGCUGAUGCCAAUGUAUAGCUUUGAUCCUGCAGAGGGAGAGGACUGGGAAACAGAAUUAUUAACUGACCCAAGAACACAGACAAGUCAGCAAACAAAUGCCACUCAAGCCCCUCCAAAGCCAGCAAGUCAAGCAGAAGUUCCACAGCUGAGAUUCAACUACCCUGCCGCUGAUGUAUGAGCCAUGGCAUGCAUAUGAAAUUGUCAUGUUGGUGUCUAGCUCAAAGUUGAAUUGGUUGUACAAGUUUGAUUCACACUUUGUAUUGAUGUAUUGUUCUGUGUCUUACCCAUCAUGCAAUACACUGUUAAUCAUCAUUUGCUUGAAGAUCCUUGAACUGACAAAAAGCAUGAAUGUGGCUAAAUUUGAACUUAUCAUUGCAGAAGAAACACUUGAAUGAAGGAAACUCCUGCAAUAAAUAAUAUAAAUGUAUUUUUGUGCCAUGUAUUGUCAUGCACUUUAAUUAAUCAGUACUGAGAGAGAGAGAGCUGCCUCAGACCUCGCAAAUGACCAGAGACAUGCACAAAAUCUCUCUGUUAUGCUGUUCUAAGACAGCUCCUGGAAUUGCUUGUAUUCCUGAAUGGAGAUGUUAUUUGUGUAAACUGUCCUCUUGGGGAACUUGCCCUCUUUUGAGAAAAAAUGUGCCCUCUUUUGAGAUAACAGUGCUCCAGGGAAUUGAUCUUGUGAGAUUCCUGUCGGGCAAAAGCAUCCUCCUGGGGGACUUAAGUUGUAUAACGAUAAUGGUUUAUGUACUCACUGAAAUAUGAUGAAUGUGCUCAGUGACAUUAGCAUGGCCACUUGCACAGUAUGUUGUUGAUAAGUUAAAUCCAUGUGUAGGCCUACUAUAGAUGCGGUCAAGUCAUUUACUUAAUUGUUGUAUUGAGGUUGUUAUUUAACAGUAAUAAUGAAGACCCAGGCUGGAUCCAAAGUGAAAAUGACAAAUCAUAUGCGAAUAAACUACUAAAAACAGCAAUGCAAGCUUUAAUGCAUUUUCACCGCUUAUCAGCAGAGUAUUUGGCCCUUGAACUUUGAACUUUCUAACUUUAUUUGCAAAUUUCUGUUGACCCCUUUCAGGGUAUGAGAAAUACACAGAUAUUUAACAUGUAUAAUACAUUGAGAACAAAAAGAUGGCAUAAGAGAAAACAUUGAAAUAUAUGGCAGUUAACGUGCAUGUGCAUGACAUGCAGGUUUGCAUAAUACAGUAUACCUUAGAUGUAGGCCUUUAACAUCUACUUUCUAAAUUCAGUAAGUAUUAUUUUUACAAACUUGGCAAGUUUUUGACAACACUUUUGGGUCUUUGGUAUUGAAUAGCAUGGACCUCUUUUGCGUAUUUGGGCGAAUUCUAAAACAAGACAGAAUAUACUUAAUCCUGUCAUCUGAGAAAAAAGGGCAUUGAAAAAUAAAAUGAAAUUCAUCUCCCAACAUAUUCAAUUCAAAUCGGUUACUACAUCUAAAUUUACUCGGAGGAAUUCUUUCAUUGUCAUUUAGUUGAGUUAAGUUGGGUUCUAACUCAAGACUUUCCUUAAAGAUUCUGUAAUUUACGCAUUGGCUGUUGCCUUGAACCUCAUCAUGCCAGUUCUUCCUGUCAAUAUCUUUUAGAUUUAAUUCAAGUGCAGACUUCAACCAAUUAACAUUCCUGUAUUCUUGCUCAAACCAAGCAUUGCCAUGUCCACUCAUAUCUAAUAAUUCUUUAAUCUUUAUAAACCACUUAGAUUGAAAAAGUAUCUCCUCACUUUCGUGCAUUAUUUUUAUUAGUGUAUACACAAUCAAGACAGCUUAGUCUGCUUACCACCAAGAAGUCUGCACCAGAAAUUUAUCAUUCUCAUUCCAACAGUACUUGUCAAUUUAUAUCUACCCGACUCCCCAUAGAUGAUGCAGUUAGCCGUGGACUUAUUCAACUUAAGAAUACUCUUUAAAAAAUUUAUAUAAAAAACUUAAAUUUGUGAAAUAUCUUCAAAACCCCAAAUUUCGCUCCCAUACAACAGAACAGGCAGUACUAACUUGUCAAACAGCUCACAGGCAAUGUCAAAAGGUAAUUGCAGACGUUUAAUUUUUCCCACUAGACAUAACACAGCUCUCCCUUGCCUGACAUACCUGUUUUGAAAUUGCUUUUUCAAAAUGACCAUUAUAAUUCAUUGUCACACCGAGAUAAGUAUAAUCAUCUACGAUUUCAAGUUUUGACUAUUACCAAAGGAGAACUUUAGCAUCUUCCUUUCUUUACUUCGAGAGUAUAUCACUACCUUUGUUUUGGAAGUGUUGAUGCAGUUAGAUCCCAGAGAUCACAAUGUUUCUCCAAAGCAUCUAAAGCUUUUUAUUAUACAUCCAUAUUAUGGUAUCACACUCGGUGUCCGUCUGUCAGUUAAUUUUUCUUUGUAAACGCGAUAACUUUAGUUUAACUUAACCUAGGCUCAUAUAAUUUGGUGUGUAUGAUACUAGAAUGAAACCCAGGAAGCCUUUCGAUUUUGAGGUCAAAAGGUCAAGGUCACAGUGACAUGUUUUCAUCUUACCCUUCUGAAGUCCUUUUAAACGCAAUAACUUCAGUUUAACUUAACCUAGGCUCAUAUAAUUUGGUGUGUAUGAUGCUAACAUGGAUCCCAGGAAGCCUAUUGAUUUUGAGGUCAUAAGGUCUGAGAUCAAGUUGCCACCUUCCACUUUUCUUGCUUGACCAAUAACUCCAUUUUCCAUGUUACAGAUGGGUGUAUUAUGUGCUCGCCCCAGUGACACUCUUGUUGUAAAUAAUUUUCAGACAUAACAAUGGUGUCAGCUGCAUAGGAAGUACAUACUGUCGCCUUCCCGCAGAAAAGCCGCCGUUGGCGUGCAGUGAACAGUGCGCGCUAAUGGCCUUUGUGCGGAAAGGCGACGCGCAGUCUGUGCUAACGGCACUUAUGUGGGAAGGCGACGAUUUCAGAUCUAUCGGUAUAGUCAUUUUUAUGACCGAUAUGACCAUUACUAGAAGGCCUUUGAGUACCUUAGAUCUGAAUUUACAUGUAUACCUGUACACAUGUACACCCGCCGUGGUGUAGCGGUUCUGACUCUCGCCUUGUAAUCAGAGGGUCGUGUGUUCGAAUCCCACCAUGGCCUAGCGUCCUUUGGCAAGGCGUCAAUCCACACUUUGCCACUCUCACCUAGGUGCUAAUUGGGUACUGGUAGGAAACAACCAUCAAUGUGGUUUAGCAAGUGUGCGCCUAACAGGCUGCUUGAAAUGCUAUGAAUCCAGUGACCGGGUAAUAAUAAUUGUGAAGCGAUUUGAGCAGUUGUAGAUUGAUAAAGCGCUAUAUAAAUGCCAAUUAUUAUUAUUAUCAGGACACUCCAAAGUUUCAAACAAAGAAAAUCAGAUAGGCAUGGAUCAAAGUCAUGAAUCUCAACAAGUGGCAUAAGAAUAGGAGAUAUAAUAACAUAAUCGACUACACUAUUACCAUUGUUUUUCCAGCAAGUAAAUGAUCCCAAACCCCUAUCUGAGCUGAAUCUCCCAUUACAAAUUUUUACAUCCACACUCUUGCACAUUUCAAUAAGGUGAAAACCAUUAGUAUUGACAACUUUAUCUUGGUUGUAAUGAGAACUUUCAUUACCAAGAGUUUCAAGAUUCUGUCGGGAAACAUAGAAAUAUGAAGCAAUCAUUUCUACACUUGUUUCUUUUGCAAUAUAAUCUUCAUAGCAUAAGAAAUCAUCUAAAGUGCACUUCCUUGUUUAAUGAUGGCGAUAUAUGCAGCAUCAUUUUGUGCAGAUUUUGAAGAAUUCCAUUUGGAUUUCCCCUCUUCGUCAACACUGGUACCUGCUUUCUCAAGGUGCUCUAUAAACAACUUCACCACCUCACUAAUCUUAAAAGUGAUAUUUUCGUCUCUGUCCGCUUCAACUGCCAGAUCUUUCAGAGCAGUAAACAAUUGUUACUAGCACCCACCAUCUUGCACCAGAGAAUAGCUCCAGUUAUCAGGUUUCAAAAAUAGGCUUUCUUGUGCUUUUCACUGGCUUCAAGACUGAUGUCAUGUUGAAUAUGAAUAUGCCGAAAACUGACAUUGCUGUAUAAUGAAGCAUAAUUAUUUCUCCUUUUUCAGUUCUACUUUUAGGUCCGGUCUGGUUCUUUAAGAAAAGUCCCCCCCCCCCUUUCUUGCUACACUCUGCUUGUAAUUCAUAUAUUUCCUGGAGUACAAUGCUCUAGAUGGUGCUUUGUAACAUGUAUCUUUUUGUGACAAAAAGAACCAAGAUAGCUGAAAUUUCAGCGAUUGGCUUUGUUCUACACCAUAAAGGUAAUCCUUUAUAUGGACAUAUUUAUGACCCCACCUCCAGCCCCUGUGCAGUGAUGUCAUCUAUACCAAAGUAAUCAUUUCAUAUGUUAUAGAACCUGUUGAUAGGUAUUAAAAGCAUUCAUCGAACUCUAACUACCACUGAUAGAAGAAUUGGAAUGUUAAAAUAUUUGCCCUUUAUUAAGUGCAAUAUUAUCUAAUGAGAGGGAUUUGUGUGCGUUUGUGUGUGUGGAAAUCUGGUUCCAUGAUAAUUGCUCUGGAAACAAUUGCUCCGCUCUAAAUUUCACACAUUAGUCACAUGACCAACUUUAACCCUGGGUUUAACUCUAUACCCUACCCUAAAUCUAACAAUAAAUUCCUAGUGCAACCCUAACCCUAUAUCUUCGACGAAAUUAAGCCCGGAGCAAAUGUUGUGUCACCAAAGAUCUAUCCUCUUGAUCAAUAUCUUCAAAAUGCAAACAGUAAGAUAAUAACUGUAAUUAUAGGCAUUUAUAUAGCGCUAUCUAUCUACAAAUAUUCUAUUCCGAAGCGUGAUAUUAUUAUUAUUAUUACCCCAGCUUUAGCUCGAGCUGCCAUUCAAGGAAUUAAUCCUGCCGGGUACCCAUUCACCUCACCUGGGUUGAGUGCAACACAAUGUGGAUGAAUUUCUUGCUGAAGGAAAUUACGUCAUGGCUGGGAUUCGAACCCACAACCCUCUGUUUCAAAGUCAGAAGACUGGGCCACAACGCUCCACACAAGAUGAAAUUUAUGUGCAGAACUUAACACAACAAAUCAUAUUUCAUUUUCCUCAUGUAUUUACAUACCAUUUGACUGUAAGUAGUAGCAAUGGGACAUUUCAUUAGAAAGAGCUUCAUUUUAUUUAGUAAUCUUGCCAAAUAGUAUAAUGUGCUUGCAUUGAAUCAAAUACAUGAAAUUCAAUACUUUGCUUGUUGGCUAUUUCUUUAAGCACAAGAAAGAAUUUUUGCUUCAAGCACAAGCAAGAGAUUUUGCCAUAAAACUACAUGCUAUUGUAGAACUCUUCUUUAAGAAAGAAUAUAUUUUUUUGUCUUAAUCCUUUUUUAUGCUUGUCAUGUGAGCUAAAGCUUUUAUCUGCAUUGAUGUAUAUAUGGGGAGACUCCUGUGGGAGAGGUGAAAUCAAUUAACAAAGAGUUUUCAAGCUAUUUUCAUGUUUUCUAAGAAGAUAUUGAAGUAGGUCCACUGCAAAUGAUUUUUCUUCACAUACCCUAACAAUGAAACAACUAAAAAGAAAAAGCAUUAGUGGUCAGCAUGGUUAUUCUGCUCCUUGCAUUGGUUCUUGCUUGGGUAUAUAUUUUAAACUUUGUAGCAGUUCCUGCUCCCCCCCCCCCCCAAGAAAAAGAGAAGAAGCUGCAUAUGGCCAUGACUUUAUACUGU